AUGGCUGUCCCGCAUAAACAAGAUCCGAUUGUACUGGUGAUUGAUUUCCACCAUGCCCGAGGACCCGAAAUCGAACACUGCAUCAGUGAUGAGGGGACGAACCCAGCCAUCGACAAUGACUGGUCAUUGCUACCGUUCAUGGCCUUAUCAGACGGCGCACAUCUAUCGACCGAGGAAUUCUCAUAUUUUACAUUGCGCCGCUCAGAAACCCCCGAGACACCGGCUACUUCUCUCUUUGGUAUCGCCUGCUCGCGCCAGAUCGACGCCAAACUCCUGAUUAAUCGACACCCGGAUGUGACUCGCUCGACUGUACAGAAGGCCGUGGUGGUGGUUACACAUAGCCCGCAGAGAGUUGGACAAUUGCGCGAAAAGCUCUCUGUGGUAACAACAGCAUGGUUUGCGCAGCGGGACUUUUCAGACAUUGAUAUUUUAAAGAAAUUCCGAGAGGGACUGGUUAUUAGUUUACUCAAUGAUGGGCCGAAAGAUCAAAACUUGGGACUAUCUCUCCGAGAGAUGAUUCACGAGUUCAAAUAUCAAACUCUGGUGCUUUUCAAGGGAUUGUUAUUGCAGCCCAAGAUGCUAUUUUUCGGAACCCGCUGUGAACGCUUAUGCAUGAUACAAUUUUCUCUUGUAUCCCUAAUACCAGGAUUGAUAAAUGCUUUGCAGGACUGUGCAGACCCAGCUUUUGACAGCUAUGCGCAAAACGUUGAAAAGCCUACGUCUCUUAAAACUAGUGAUCGAGAAUCUUUAUUGGCUUAUAUGGGCUUGCCACUACAGAUUUUUGGAAAGGGCAGCAUGUUUGGACCUUAUACUCCUCUGCAGCAGCUGGAUCUGCUGGCUGAUGACGGCACGAAGUCUUAUGUUGUGGGUUCUACGAACUCUCUGCUCUUGCAGCAAAAGGAUCGCUAUAGCGAUAUAUUAAUCAAUCUUGACGAAGAUAGUAUCAACAUAUCGUCCCUGCCUCUUCAAAGGGCCCUAACCCUAUCUGUGGCCGAUAGACGCUGGAUUGAUGUUCUUACUCAAAUCGUCAACGAAACCUGGGAUGACGCCCACCCGUCACGACCGAAGACACUCGGGUUCAUGGGCUCAGAAGAGUUCAUUCGACUCCAAUUCGAAGAAUAUCUACUCGCACUCCUAUCUAGCAUGAAGUACCACGAAGAGCUUGUUGCGUACUCAUCAGGUGAUUCACCCAAUCGAAGCAAGACACAACUACAAACUUUCAACAUUGAAGGCGACCCUGCUCUCGACUUCAACACAGAGUUCUUAACUCAGUGGCAGAAAACUUCAAAUUAUGCCUUAUUCUCCAAACUCACCUCCGACGCUCUUCUGUUCUCAAUCACUGAGCCGCGCCACCCAAGUGCUGGCGGUUUAACAAUGGAGGAUAUCCAACGCCGUCUAUCUCAGCAAGUAGCCGAUCUACACUUAGACGAACGUGUCCGUGAGGGUCGAGAAGCGCUUAGCCGUCAACUUGCAACCGGUCAAAAGAAAGUCAGUGCGGCAUUCAAUAAUUUCUGGUCGGAUAUCGAAACUAUGCGCGAAGCUCAAAGAAAACGUAACGAGGAAAAGGCCGCUGCUCAAUCUCAACGAACAUCAAUUGAUACCUCUGCCUCCCCACCACCUGCCUCAGAGAACUCUCCAGCAGAAGGCUCAGCCGGAUGGUUCGCGGCCCGCCAAAGGCCCUCCAUCGACGUCACCCAAGCACAAGCCUCUGUCAGCGCUGCUGGUCAAAAAGCCGGCGCGUACUUCAGCUCAUGGGGCUCUUGGGCUAGCGAAAAGCGCAAAGAAUGGCAGGACAAGCGCAGCCCGUCCCCAAAUCCCAAUCCAAACUCAAACGCAAACUCAACACAGACAGGUACAUCUGCAUCAUCACCUCUCCCCAUCGUAACGGAGACGACUGAGUCCGAUCGCGGCCGUCGUCACUCUAUGCAACAACAACGCGAUAGCGAAGACGGCGAGGGACUUACGCGUAGUCUCAGCCGGAGAAAGCGAUGGAGUAAUAUUCUUCUGCGUCGUGAGAGCGGCGAAUACAAGCCCGACGAAGGGUCCGAUUAUGCUGAAGCUCCUUUUCCCAAGUCCCCCUUGUCUCAGGGAUUCCCUGCUUACGAACCUGAAGUCCCGCAUCACGAUUCCGAGGUGAUAUUCUCGCAUGCGGAGAACGAAAAGCUUACUCCUGCUGAUAAAGAUGGGUUUACUGCUGUGCCUCUUUCGCCUGACGAAGGGUUACGAGUUGAUUUGAACCCUGGGAAGAGUGGGUAG